GCGCGGAUCAAGUUACGCAUUUGGGUGGAGUCGCUUACUUUAUAUACAGCAUAGUUUGCGUACGGUCGAGAGAGAGUAAAGUCAAAGGACAGGAGCUCCCGAAUCCCGAAACUGUAGAGGCGUUAUUCAUCUGCUGAAAUCUAAUCAUGUUUCGUUGCGGGAUUGCGUAUCCACGAUGCAGGUGGAUCUUGCCUCUUCUUUUGCUUUUUGCCAUCAUUUUUGACAUUAUUGCAAUCGCAGCCUCGUCCGGAUGGGUCGAAGACGAGGACGCAAAGUCUCAUUACGCAAAUAUGUGGACACAUUGGCGAGGCAGGAAUAGCGAUUGGACCAGCAAAACGUUGAUGGAUUACUCUUGGGCCCAGGCAGUGGCAGCCCUGAUGAUCAUCGGUCUCAUCCUCCUCAUCAUCGCCUUCAUCAUCUCCUGCAUCGCCCUCUGCUGCACGCUCAACCUGAGCCUUGCGCCUGUCAUCGGUGGCCUCGUCCUCCUCACAGUUAUCCUGCAGAUCAUCGCCCUCAUCAUCUACCCCGUCAAGUUUAACGAGGACCUCAUCUUCGAGGGCCACUACAACUACACCUGGGCGUACGGCUUUGGCUGGGGCGCCACCAUCCUGGCCAUCGGCUGCGGCAUCCUCUUCUGCUGCCUGCCCCGCUACGAGGACGAGCUGACCGGUCUGUCCAAGACCAAGUACAUCUACUCGUCCGCCUAAACAUCAGCCCACACUGACCAGACCACAUGCCUCACCCGCGCUAUCUCUCUCCGUCUUCCUCUUUUUCGGUCAUCAGCCUGUGAGAGAUGAGAUAAAGAUAAGAGGUUGUGGUGGAGACUUUUUUUGAAGACACUGACAUGAAAACUUGGACUAAUUGGUUCUAAGUGGAGGGUCUCCUCAUUAGAACUUAGACUUAGAACUCUCGGCCUUGUUCUGCUUCCUCUCUUUCCUGUUUCUGUAGUUCUUUAUUCAUUGCGUUUCCAUGGUGAGACAGUUUAACAUUUGCGCAGGACCAGAGCAAAAAGAAUGGGAUGGUUGUAAUCGUGAUGUUUCAUUAGUCUGGGUUUCUGCAUGUUUGAUGUCACUUGUGUGUGUAGAGAAAGUUGGACACUCGGAACCACCAGUGUAAUUGUUCAGCACUCAUUGCUUUGUGUUAAUUGACUGUCCCAAUUCACUCAUUUCACUUACACUUGCCAUGUCAUACGUAUCAACCCAAAUAGCUCCUAAGUGCACUUAAAAACCUUUCCACCAAAUGAAGCGCAUAUAGGAUUUAUACAUUAUAAAGCUGGCUCAGGUCGUGGGCUAAACGUUCCCUUCGGAAAGGAAAAUGUAUACUUGGUCUGCUACAUCUUUGGUUUGUAGUAUUAUGAUCGUGUGAGUAGGAUUUUUUAAUGUGCACUAACAUGAAUAGAAACAUGUACUGUAGGUCUUAUGUACACCUUAUGGGUUUAUUCUUUUUCCAUCAAAUGCUUUAAGAUGGCUUUUAGAAGCUUUUUACUAAUUCCAGGGGCCAUUUCAAUCUUGGUAUGUCAUUGAAAAUAUUAAGCUGCAAGAAAAGAAAACAACUAAUCCUGCAGAUGAAUGUAUAUAUCUCUCCAAAAACUAUAUUUUUUCCAGAUUAUAAUCAUUAUUGAAAUCAAAGGGAGGAUUUGGAAUUCUGUAUGCAACUAUGCAAAACUCGUCACUAUUGAUCUCUCUCUCUCUCUCUCUCUCGCUCUCACUCUCUCUCACUCUUUCUAAGUGUGUUUGUGUGCGUGUGUGCGUGUGUGCGUGCGUGUUUGUGUGUGUGUGUGUGUGUGUGUGUGUGUCGUAUGUUGCUGUUGUUACAUUCUGACUAUACAUUUUUUGCACAAAAAGGUUUUCAAAGAAUUACUGUCCAUCUGAGUGAUGGGAUCACCAAGUAAAAGUAUAAACACAGAUGACUUUAUUGUAGUGCAUGUAUUAGUAACUGUGUCAUAUGUUUGAUUUUAUCCUUGAAUCUUAUUUUCCUGACAUUCAUCAUUUGUGGCAGUUCUUGUGAUAUUGCUACAAAGCUGUGCCCUUUCUUCAAAUGUCACAUUUUAAUAAAACAAAAAAACAUUUUUACAUUAGUCCAGAUCACAGCUGUGUGUGGUGUGAGUCUGGCCUUGACCUGACUGUAUGAGUCUGUGCAGGAUUUGGGCCAGAGUCACUCUGGAGUCCCGGCCAUCUGUGUUUUACUAACGGUCUUACUACAUACUAAUAUUUGUGCCUUAAGGACCAUGUCAUAGACAUAUAUUGUAAUAUUUCCUAUCUGCUGUUGAAUAUCAAAUUCCAUUCUAAAGAUAUGUACUGGCAUAGCUGUAAUUUAAUUGAUAUUAUGAGACUGUUUGCAAGAAUUUUGUGUAUUUUUUACGCAAUAAAAAGUGUUUCAGACAUUCA